UCCCUCUCUCCGCCCCCUCGUUCGGCCAAGUCCAGCCGGUGGUGCUCGCGCAGAGAGAGCGGGUUGCGGGCGCUCGACAUGGCGGCAGUGGCGGCCACUGCAGCGCCUAAGGGGAAUGGCGGUGGCGGGGGCCGGGCCGGGCCCAGCGAAGGCAGUGGCACGCGGAGGAAGAAGGGCCCGGGGCCUCUGGCCACGGCGUACCUGGUCAUCUACAAUGUGGUGAUGACGGCGGGGUGGCUGGUUAUAGCAGUUGGUUUGGUCAGAGCAUAUCUGGCAAAAGGGAGCUACCAUAGCCUUUAUUACUCAAUAGAAAAGCCUUUGAAAUUCUUCCAAACUGGAGCCUUACUCGAGAUUUUACAUUGUGCUAUUGGAAUUGUUCCAUCUUCUGUUGUCCUGACUUCUUUCCAGGUGAUGUCAAGAGUUUUUCUAAUAUGGGCAGUAACACAUAGUGUCAAAGAGGUACAGACUGAAGACAGCGUCCUCCUGUUCGUUACUGCCUGGACAAUCACAGAAAUUAUCCGUUACUCCUUUUAUACAUUCAGUCUGUUAAACCAUCUGCCUUACCUCAUCAAGUGGGCCAGGUACACACUUUUCAUCGUGCUGUACCCAAUGGGAGUGUCAGGAGAGUUGCUCACGAUCUACGCGGCGCUACCCUUUGUCAGACAGGCUGGCCUGUAUUCCAUCAGUUUACCUAACAAAUACAAUUUCUCCUUUGACUACUAUGCAUUCCUAAUUCUGAUAAUGAUCUCCUACAUUCCACUUUUCCCCCAGUUAUACUUCCACAUGAUACACCAGAGAAGAAAGGUCCUUUGUCAUACUGAAGAACACAAGAAAUUUGAAUAGUUCUUGCUUCCUGCACCAUCCCCCCAAACCAAACUUUUCAUUGAUCAAAAAAUGCUGCAGACUUUUUGAGUUCCCAGUACGUUUCAUAGAAAAAAAUUAAGAACUAUUUUUAAAAUAUUAAAUAUUAAAAACAAAACAAAAACCAAAAUCCAGUGUCACAUGGGCCUGGAAUUUUAUAAAAAAAAAAAAUUUUUUUUUUUAAAGCUGUUAACAUACAAUGUCCUGGCCGGUCCAUUUUAGCAUGCUCUUUCAACCAGAAGUCCUCAAUAUUUACAAUGGCGCUAGAAAGGGGUUUGGCAUCGAUAUAUCUCGUUGUGUGUUCUUCAUGUAUCCAAUAGAGAGAGACCUAUCAGCUGACCGCUCGGGAGUUACAGUCUGAGUAAGAAGGUUGGCCCAGUGUACGCUCAGCUCGCAGCAGAGCUUAGUUCGGUCUGCAGUGUGUUUGGCAUUCCCUUCUCACAGUGCUUGACUGCAUGCUGGAACCUCUUUGUAUUUUUGAAGUGGCAAACUUUGUUCUCUGGAAUGCUCUGAAGUUAUGGCUGGGAUCUAGCCCCUCAUAUCUAGUGAAUGAAUUAUAAAAUGUGUAUGCCUGUGAAACUUUGGAGUAGUGCCCGUAAACAAAAAAAAACUAGAACCCUUUCGUUUCUUUCCAAUUGAGUCAUUAUUGCUUGCCACUGAGAAACAGGCUUGAAUUUAAUCAGUGUGUGCAUAGUGUAAAGAACCUACCCUAACCUGGAGCUUGGCUUCGACCGUGUUGUAACAAGUGACAGUUCUCUGAGCGGUAAAGCUCAGUAGCUAGUAAGUGACAAGUGUGUUUCACAGGACUGGUCUCAGAGCACCUCUGAGUAAUGUGUUUGCCAAUAGCUGUUCUCAUUUAUGGACUCCAAGCCCAUCUUGUCACAUAGGAGCAGGGAAUCUGUUAUUUCAAGUACAAGGAAGCUGUUGCUUUUAAAAUGUCUGGAAAAACAUUAAGGAAUGGCUUUAGACAUUAUUUUAUUUUGUCAAGUGUAUUCACUCUUCUGUUUAUUUCUCAUGGUGAUGGCCGUGUGUUCAUUCCCACCAAGUGUUAAGAGGCAGUGCCCGCUCUGAAUGGACAGUCAAGUAAAAAGCAGCAUCGUCCGGCGUGUUGGUCCUGUGGACAUUGUCUAGCUAACAUCGUAUGUUCACACCACCUCACUGCUCAUCUCAGCUGUGCAUGUAAAGCCCCUCAAGAGGGGGCUGGAGGAAAAUGUGAAGCCCAAGUGUAGAUGUGCAUUCACGUGCACAGAUGUGCACAGUAUCUUCGUUGUGGAGCCUUUUUUCCCCUGACCUUUAAGACUUUAAAAGUCAGGCUUAAUGAGUAAUUUAAAAUACAGUUGUCAGUAGCAGAAGAAUGUCAUAAUGAAAAACUAAACUUUAAAAUGCAUAUUUUUACAGGAACUUGAAAAUCUAAUCCAAGCAGCUGUAUAAUAAAUUUAUUUUUUAACUGAACAUUAAAAUUCUGCUUCUUCAAGUCAGUACUGCUGGGCGUGUUGAGAUUAGAAUCUGUUCUUAUAUUUGAUAGACGAGGAGAGAUGAGUUUUCCUCUUGUUACCCCUUUUUAUUCUUCCAGAAUGUUAUUUCCACUACGAAACAGAAUCAUCAUCCGUUAUAUUAACCUUAUUACUUUAUUUGGUUAAGAUUUUUUUCAGUUGUUUUUGGAAUUGUAGAAAGCGGGAUGGAAAAUGCAGGUUUUCCAGGAUUGGAUGGAGGACUGCAAGGUCUCCUUAGACUUCUUUAUUCUAACUAGUCACUGCUUCUGAAAAAAGUUCUCUUGCAAAACAGCAUAUUGCAUCGAGUUGAACUUUGGCAGUGAGAACAUAGCAAACAACUCCCUUUUCAAAAAAGGUCUCAACCCAAGUAUACUUUUUUACAUCAACAUUUAAAAUACAGCAGAUAAGGAAGGCAUGUCACUGUGUCCUUCAAGAACCUCUCAGUAAUGGGUUUUUUUCUGCAAUUCCUAACGUGAAUUGACUUCUUUGAAGCAGUGGUUUUCUUCUCUAAACUGAGAACAUCCAACCCCACCGAAGGUCACUUCUGAGUAGAAAGCAUGAAUGAGGAAGGUGACGUUCAGUGGGGUUUUGUCAGUCUCCAUGGUUGCCUUGUGAGGCACAGAGACACCCUCUCCCAGCACCCACUCAAGGUCGUGUUUCAGGUCCCCUGGGGGGGCCGUCCGCCGAUGGGGACUUCUCUGAGGUACACAGCGGCGCCUUGUAGACACAAGCUGCUAAUCUGCAUCUUGCUGUGCCGUUUGCUGAGGUCAGGACCACUCAUUUAUCAUGUCCCCUCCCUGAUCAAAGGCCCCGUGUAGGUGUAAUCCUGGAAUAAAGCACCGACCUCCCAGAUAAAAGCUUUCCUCAGGAGCAGACUUCAGCAAGGAAGAUACAGAGCUAGAGAUGCAAAAGAAGCGAGUAUGCCUGCAUUUUUCACUUCUUGUGUUGGGUUAUUCAUGUCUAAUAAAAGGCUGGCAUUGAUGUGGUCCAACCUGCGAAUUAUUUUCAAUCCUGAGUUUCUGAUAAACCAUUAAAAAACAUUAAAUUCAUUACACACUGCUCCUUUGAAAUUUGGGUAAAAAAAAUUAGAAAACCAUAUAUUGAAUCAUUUUUGUAUUUUUUCUAUGUUGUGAAAACCAAAAUUGUAAUUUUAUAAGUCUAUGAUUCACUAAAAUUCUAUAAUUUAAAUGUAUUUUUUGUAUAUUUAGAAAUAAGGAGUUCAAAGACUGCUAACUUUCUAUGCAUGCAUUUGGAAGCUGUUUCUACCUGAUAAUGUAGUCAUAAGUUAUAUUCAUAAAAUACUGACCUGUGUUGCAUUUCACAAUAAACUGCUGUGUGCUCUGCCUGAACUUGGCCUGAAGGCACUGUUGCAGGAA